AAGACACUCGUUUGCUUCAAAGAGGGAAACUUAUCCACUUGUCAAGAUUUCAACUUCUGAAUAUCAUUCAUCACUCUGCUUCAAUACUCUGAAAAGUCAUCAUGGAUAUCAGUACUAUGGAUCAAGGACUUUUGAGGCGCAACCCAUCUCUAACACCUGAGGAAUUCUACCAUCAUUGGCUCCACAAGCAUGCUCCAAUAGUGGUCCCCUUCUUCUUGCAUUCCGGAGCUCAGCAUUAUGAACAGAUUCAUGGCCCUCUCAUCCCAUCUAACACAGCGUCAACACCCUCAGUUGAUAUCUCAACAUACGACGGAGCAGCAGGAAUGCCCCCUCAAUCCAUCCUCGACAACCCAGCUCCAAUGCCAAAAUGGAAGCAAGAUUAUUACCAAGAGGUCAUCCUUGCUGAUGAGCGACGAUUCUUAGUCAGUGAGGCAUUAGAUCACAUCUAUAGAGUACCUCCUGGGACUGUGAAGGGCGAGAGGAAGGUAGUUAUUGACCAGGGGAAAUGUUUGAUCGAGGUCAGUGAUGAGAUUUGGAAGGUCUGGAAGGAGUAUGAGGCUAGGGGAGUUGCGGAGAAAGAGGGAGGGAAGUGAGAAAGGUUGAAUUAAGUAACGAUUUAAUGGUAAAGACA